AUUCAAGGUGUUUAGAGGCCAAUAGAAUAGACCCCUUGCUGGCCGUAGACCCACAACUAAAUUUUUAGGUCAGCACUUCUGUCAUUACUAAAUUAAAGACAAUAUGACUGAGUCAGAUGGUAAAGGGAAGAUAGCAAUAGUCGGCAGUGGUUUAAUCGGCCAAAGCUGGGCAACCAUAUUUGCAGGAUCUGGGUAUGGUGUCACCAUAUAUGACAUUGACAGUGAACAAGUAACUAGAGCCCUCGCUAAUACAAAAUUAACCCUAGAAAGAUAUGAACAGGAGGGUUGUCUCAGAGGAAAUUUAUCGGCCCACCAACAAUCUAGCCUUAUACGUGGCAGCAACGACCUAAAAUCUUGUUUACAAAAUGCCAUUUAUGUUCAGGAAUGUGUACCAGAAAGUAUUGAGAUGAAGAAGAAAGUAUUUACACAACUGGAUGAAUAUUGCGAAGAGAAGACGAUUAUGGCUAGUUCUAGUAGCUGCAUUAACUCUUCACAAUUUACUGGAGAUCUAAAACAUAGAUCUAAUAUGUUAAUAGCUCAUCCCGUUAAUCCACCUUAUUUUCUUCCCCUGGUAGAAAUAAUUCCUGCACCGUGGACAGACCCAGAGAUUACAGCUCAAACCAGAUCAUUAUUAGAGGAAGUGGGUCAAUCACCUAUUACACUGAACAAAGAAGUUCCGGGGUUCGCACUCAACAGAAUACAAUAUGCUGUUAUUAAUGAAUGUUGGAGCUUGUUGCAAUCAGGAGUAUUAAGUGCCGCAGAUAUUGACAAAGUUAUGUAUGAGGGAUUAGGAAGACGAUAUGCCUUCAUAGGACCGCUUGAAACAAUGCAUUUAAAUGCCGACGGUAUUGUUGACUAUUGUAAAAGAUAUGCUGAGGGUGCUUAUAAUGUAUCAGCUACAUUUACACCGCCACCAAUAAGAUACGAUAUACCGACAGCCGAACUGGUAGAAAAAGAACUCGGCCAAAUCACACCUCCGGAUAAAACUAAUGAACGAAAGCAAUGGAGAGAUUCACAAUUUGCUGCUUUAGACAAACUUAAAAGAGGCUCAAAUUAAAAUGCAGACGCGUACAUAAUAGAUUGAUGUUUUGGAAAGAUGAGUGGUUUAUAAAGUAAAAGUACACUGAAAAGUAUAAAGUGUGAAGAUAAUUUCGACGUAACUUGACUUGUUGUACAAUUUGAUUUACAGGCAACAGACAAGCAAAUAAAUCAUUGCGAAAUCCUACAUUUUAACACAAUUUUGAUCAAAUGUACUGCCUCUAGUACUAGAAUCUGAUCAAAGUUUACAGAAUCAUUUUAGGGUUUUUGAUGACAAUAAUUGUGAAUGUUUACAUUUCUUCAUUUGUCGUACCAAAGAAAUACAAUCUAAUGAAUUAAAAAAUGAAGAAAACUUUAAA